UUACCGACCGGUGUUUAUGAUUAAUUGGAUUAUUUCAUCAGCAUCAGACGUAUAUUUCGACAUUAUGGAUAAAAUAUCAUGCCCUUCAAAAUGGGAAAAAGAAUGGACUAAAGAUAGUAAACAAAAGGAUGGAAUUCUAUUCCGCAAUCACCGGCCCACUAAUGCUUCUGAUAUUCCAAUUCAAUUUUAUCAUCAAAUAUUUGAAACGUUUAUCAACUUUACACGGGAUUGUCGAAUAUCAAAUAGGGAACGUAAACUUGUGCUUGAACUUGCUUCUGUGAUGUCCGGUGUAUUUUCAGACGAAAGCCAGAGGGCAGAUGCUUUCAGAUGCUGGCUUGAACUAUUUUUUGAUGAUGAAAUUGAGAUUCAAUCAGUAGAAUCGAAUGAAGUCAACCAAAGUUCACGAAUUGGUAAACGAAGGACAGAUGGAAGUAUAUAUCCGAAGAUCGGCAGAGAUAGAAUCCUUUUAGUAAACUUAGAAGUUAAACCUGAACCUGGUACGAAUGGCGACUGUUACAUUCAGAAUGAUGCCUACUACGAAGAAUUUGUUAUCAAGUCCCGUAAGCAGGAAUCUGUGUUUUAUAAUAGGACCUGUUUGCCUGCUUUCCUUAUCGAUCUAGAUGGACCAAAUUUAUCCAUAUCCGGUGCUGUCUGUAUCCCUUUCAUAGUUUGUGAUCGCCUUACAGACAUCUUUCCACUAGACAGAAUUACUUACAAUCAUGCUAAAGCAGAUGAUAUUACACGAUCAAGAGAAGUCACUUGCACUACUAGCCCUUGGUUUCCACGCAUAAAUAAGAUUAAUUUAGAAGAAGGAAUAGCUACCAUUAAAUAUAAAAAGAGGCAUUCUAUACAUCGAAAUUUAUGGAUUGUGGAAAUACAAACUGAAAAUACGCAAGAGAAGGGUUUAGUCAAAUUCACCCAAACAUAUUCUAAAGAAGCACAUAACGCAUGUUUCGAACUAGGUUUAGCACCAAAAUUAUGGUCAGUUAAUAACCUUCAACAAGGUUGGAAGAUUGUCGUCAUGGAAUAUUUGGAGGAAUAUAAACCAUUACACAUUGUCGAUUUAGAAAUAUUUUCCCAAACAGAAAGCGUAGUUAAAAAUGCUACGAAAUCGUUUCAUGAUUCCGGUUACGUACAUGGAGACCUUCGUGAUGAAAACAUAAUGGUCAAAUAUAAAAAUAAAAAAAUUGAUAUAAAAUUUGUGGACUUUGAUUGA